AUGAUAGAGCAGAUGGAUGUAUGGAUGCUUUGGCACGACAGCAACCAUAUGCCACUGGAACGAAGAGCGGCGCUGAACUCGAAAGCCUUGCCACUGACCCAGCCAACUGUUUACGACUUUGCCCUUCUGGAGUCAGACUUUGUAACCCCAGCUUGUGGUUUGAGGCAGGAAAAAGAAGCAAGAUCUCGCAGUGCUGCCAACGUGAUUAUGGUUGUCUGUAAUUUGGCAUAUCGGUCCCCCGUAUUGGUAGGACUUGAAAUGUCUUCCAAGGGUGUGCGCGUUACCGCAUUGGCGGCUGUGACUAGCGAACUCCAACCUUAUCUAGUUUGUUUAUUACCGUUGAAGAAGAAGGGAGACUCCAACGUAGAUCCUUCUUCGACGCAACCUUGUAUCGUAGAGAAAGCGGUGUUCUAUAGAAGUAUCAACAACCGCUCCAUGACUCAACUUCGUCGCACAGCCGACGAUGGCUGUUUAACUUGUAAGUUCGUUCACGCGGACCCCUCAGUUAACAUGGGUUCUACCAACAUCUCCAAGCCAUGGCCUAAUAUCCACUCCUGUGGUCUCUUAGCUCCCCUCUGUCCCCUUACGAGGUUGCCCGGUGCUGGAUUAACCAAACUGACCGCCAGUGCAGCAUUUUGUUUAUUCAUGACCCGAGGGGCGAGACGCAGAGUGACCUCAUACCCUGGACAUGUCUGA